AUGUCACCUACACAAUCCACUGCCCAAGUCUUAAGCACGAUACACCGACGUCAUGACCAAGACAGCUCUAAGGAUCGUGCUUCUUCGCCCUCGUCGAGAUCAUGGUCGUCAAAUGUUAGCAAAAGACUUUCAAGAAGUCAUAAGGCGAAACAAUACAACAAACCUUCUGACAGCCAGAGACGUGUACGGCCUGGACGAGCUCCUGGAACACGGCAUCGCACGUGGGCUCCACCGCUCGUCCUGGUGUCCAUGUUUCUCUGCUUCUACGCCGUCAACCCACACGAGUCCAACAUAAUCCACCACUUCCUCUUCCUGUCCUACAAGCAAAAGGACCCAGACGAUGACCCCAGCUCCUCACCAGCGCCCUCUUAUUACGGCAAGGGACCAUGGGACCUGGCCUUCGUCUUCUUUUACACCAUCGUCCUGUCCUUCACGCGCGAGUUCCUCAUGCACGAGGUCCUCAGACCCCUCGCACGCGCCUGCGGCAUCACCUCACCGCGCACGACGUCCCGCUUCACAGAGCAGAUGUACACUGCCUGCUACACUGCGCUCAGCGGACCCCUCGGUCUGCUCGUUAUGCGGCGCACCCCGGGGCUGUGGUACUUUGAGACGCGCGGCAUGUACGAAGGGUACCCGCACCAGGCACACGAGGGCCUCUUCAAGUUCUACUACCUGUUCCAGGCGGCGUUUUGGAUCCAGCAGGUUGUUGUGAUGGUGCUGGGCCAGGAGCAGCGCCGCAAGGACUUUAGAGAGUUCGUGGCGCACCAUGUCGUUACGGUGGCGCUGAUCGGACUGAGCUAUCGGUUUCAUUUUAUGCGGAUUGGCAUCGCAAUCUACGUGACCCACGACAUCAGCGAUGGCCUCCUCGCGAUUGUGAAAUCGCUCAACUACGCGCAAAGCAGCCUCCAGGCUCCCGUGUACGCCCUCUGCAUGGCCUGCUGGAUCUACCUGCGCCACUACAUCAACCUGCGAGUUCUCUAUUCCAUCCUCACCGAGUUCUCCGCGGUUGGGCCCUUCGAGCUCGACUGGGCCGCAGAGCAGUACAAGUGCCGGAUCUCGCAGGUUGUUACCUUUGGGCUGCUGGCGGGGCUGCAGGCUCUCAACCUUUUUUGGUUGUACUGUCUUUUUCGCAGUGCGUAUCGGUUCGUGAUGUUGGGCAUUGCCAAGGAUGACCGGUCUGAGGCUGAGGAGUCGGAAGGGGAAGAGGUGGACAAUACUGUCAAGGGUCGCCGGCCUGGAGGAGAGACUAGGAUACGUGUGGAGUAA